GUUGUGAUUUUGAUUCAUGACAUCAGCCUGGCCGUCGUGACGUCACGCCACUUCCUGUCUCCACCCGUUCGCAGCCAUGAUGCAGGAAGGGCUGGACGACGGACCCGACUUCCUCUCCGAGGAGGACCGGGGACCGCGGGCAGUGAACGUGGAUCUGCAGACGGACGCCACGCUGCAGGUCGACAUCUCUGACGCUCUGAGUGAGAGAGACAAGGUCAAGUUCACCGUCCACACCAAGAGCACGCUCCCUAACUUUAAGCAGAACGAGUUCUCAGUGGUACGACAGCACGAAGAGUUCAUCUGGCUGCACGACUCGUUUGUCGAGAAUGAAGAGUAUGCAGGAUACAUCAUCCCCCCAGCCCCUCCCAGACCAGACUUUGAUGCGUCCAGAGAGAAGCUGCAGAAGCUGGGGGAGGGAGAAGGAUCCAUGACCAAGGAGGAAUUCACUAAGAUGAAGCAGGAGCUGGAGGCAGAGUACCUGGCCAUCUUUAAGAAGACCGUCGCCAUGCAUGAGGUCUUCCUGUGUCGUGUGGCGGCUCAUCCGGUCCUCAGGAAAGACCUCAACUUCCAUGUCUUCCUGGAGUACAACCAGGACCUGAGUGUGCGAGGGAAGAACAAGAAGGAGAAGCUGGAGGACUUCUUUAAGAAUGUGGUGAAGUCUGCUGACGGCGUCCUGGUGGCCGGAGUCAAGGACGUGGACGACUUCUUCGAACACGAGAAGACGUUUCUGUUAGAAUAUCACAACAGAGUGAAAGAUGCUUCGGCCAAAUCUGACAGAAUGAUCCGCUCACACAAAAACGCUGCAGACGACAUCAACAGAAUCGCCUCGUCUCUCUACACAUUAGGAACGCAGGACUCCACAGACCUCUGCAAGUUCUUCCUGAAAGUGUCAGAGCUCUUCGAGAAAACGAGGAAAAUUGAAGCUCGAGUUGCAGCAGAUGAAGACCUGAAGCUGGCUGACCUGUUAAAAUAUUACCUGAGAGAGUCCCAGGCUGCAAAGGACUUGCUGUACCGGAGGAGCCGCGCUCUGGUCGACUACGAGAACGCCAACAAGGCUCUGGAUAAAGCUCGAGCCAAAAACAGAGACGUCCUGCAGGCUGAGACCAGCCAGCAGCUCUGCUGCCACAAGUUUGAAAAGAUCUCUGAGUCCGCCAAGCAAGAGCUCAUAGACUUCAAGACGAGACGAGUGGCGGCUUUCAGGAAGAACCUGGUGGAGCUGGCAGAGCUGGAGCUUAAACACGCCAAGGGGAACCUCCAGCUGCUGCAGAGCUGUCUGGGCGUCCUGAAAGGAAAUACUUAACUGUGCAACCCCGCCCACAUCCAACUGGACACGCCUGCUGUGGGCGGAGCCCCGAUGGACGAACGGCACUGAGAACUCUGGACCAGAGAGAGAGAGAGAGUGAGAGAGAGAGAGUGACAGGAAGUCUGUCGUCUUCAUCACUAACCAGACACCGUCCUCUUCAUCUUCUUCAUCCUCCUCCUGUCCUUACCCUCUCCCUCUCCCUCUCUCUCCAGCAGCACUUGUACUGGUUCUAACGGUUCUACUGGUCCAGUAUCAGACCUGAAGCACCUGCACUGAUUCUACUGGUCCAGCAGAACCAGUGUGGUCAGCCUCUGUCUCUCCUGAGUGACACUCGUACAAAACUUUAUUAUCACAGAACAGAGGGAAGAAAAUGUCCUGUGUUCUUUUUCCAGAUUAAACAAACGGUUUCUCUCCAACGAACACAAACAGAUAGAAAUCAAUCAAUAGAUUUACAGCUAGCCAAAAGCUAACACAUGACUCACACUGACUGUUGGUCUCAGAUGGGACCUGAACCCCUGACCCCUGACCCCCCUCAGUCUGAUCCACAGGCCUCUGAAGCACAACAGGAACAUAUGAAGGUCACUCAGAGGAGACGGUGCUGAUCCCAGUCAGGAACUGGUCCCAGUUUGUCUCUGCUGGUCUCCACCCUGCAACAGCCUCCAUCUCACAAACUGUUUGUCUUUUGUUGAGUCACAGAAGUCUUUUUUUUUUUUCUAAAAAGAGAAGUGUGAACAUAUGGACCUGUUUCAUAUAAAUCUACAGAAACUCACUGGAUUCACUUAAGAAACAAAUCUGUGCUCUCAUCUCAUGAUUAUGAGUUAAUAUCUCAAAAUUAUAAUUUAAUGUCUCAUAAUUGUGAUUUCAUAUCUCAUAAUCAUGAGUUAAUAUCUCAUAAUCAUGAGUUAAUAUCUCAUAGUUAUGAGUUAAUAUCUCAUAAUCAUGAGUUAAUAUCCUAGUUAUGAGUUAAUAUCUCAUAAUCAUGAGUUAAUAUCUCAUAGUUAUGAGUUAAUAUCUCAUAGUUAUGAGUUAAUAUCUCAUAAUCAUGAGUUAAUAUCUCAUAGUUAGGAGUUAAUAUCUCAUAGUUAUGAGUUAAUAUCUCAUAAUCAUGAGUUAAUAUCUCAUAGCUACGAGUUAAUAGCUCAUGAUCAUGAGUUAGUAUCUCAUAAUUACAAGUUAAUAUCUCAUAGUUAUGAGUCAAUAUCUCAUAAUCAUGUGUUAAUAUCUCAUAACUAUGAUAGUUAAUAUCUUAUAGCUAUGAGUUAAUAUCUCAUAAUUACGAGUUAAUGUCUCAUAAUUACAAGUUAAUAGCUCAUAAUCAUGAGUUAAUAUCUCAUAGUUAUGAGUUAAUAUCUCAUAGUCAGGAGUUAAUAUCUCAUAGCUAUGAAUUAACAUCUCAUUGUUAUGAGUUAAUAUCUCAUAGUUAUCAGUUAAUAUCUCAAAAUCACAACUUAAUAUCUCAUAACUGAUUUAUCUAAUAGUUAAGAGCUAAUUUCUCAUAAUUGUGACUUAGUAUCUCAUAUGGGUCUCUUAUGAGUUACUAUCUCAUAAUUUCAACUCAUUUAUCCCUUAAUAUCUCAUAAUUUUGAUGAUGACUGAUUAUUUCUAGUGAUUAAGAGUUUUGGCGUCUCGCCUGUUUCGUUGGUGAAUCCAGCGAUCUUCAGUAGAAGUUGAUAUUUUGUGUUGAUGUGUAGAAAAUGAGUGAAAGAUGAAGAAAAUGAUCUCGUCUUUUCCUUAAGUAGCUGUUACAUUAUUCUCGCAGGAGUUAAAGAUAAACUCUGCAGGAUUUUUUCUAAAAACACUAAACUCAUACAGCAGUAAUCCCUCUCUGUCAUCACUUAUGACCCGCCCUCAGUGUGGUGUUGUGUUUAUCUGCAGAGACUCCGCCCUCUGAACAGAGUUUAUUGUCAGGUCAGGACUUUAUAAAGAGGCGGAGACCAGAAGCACGUAUCCAGGAGGAAGCUCCAACAAUCAGACACUGCAGAAAAACACAUGUACAAUGUAGUGAAUGAGAGUGAAUCUGGUGUCGGCUGUCACUUCCCCUGCUGAUCCUGUCACAGGCAGUAGAGACAGUUCUGUGUAGUUUACCUUUAAUUUGAUCAUCUUUCACUCAUUAGACGAAAAAAAGACUUUCAUGACUCAUAAAGACAAAGACAUGGAGGUGUUUCACAGUGCAGAUGGUUCAGUCUGUCUCAUCAGCGUGUCACUCUGUCUUCAUCUUCUUUUGUCGUCUUAUUUUGGCAGUGUGUGUGUACAUCCGGGGGUGCUUUUAAUGUGUCGGUGAACUUCCUGUGCGGCUGCUGUGUGACGGCGUUUUGAGUCCAGCUUUCGGUUCCCGUUCUUAUUAAAGUGUAAUGUCACUAAAUAAAAAAAAGCCUUGUAUAUGUUUGUAUUAGUUAACUAAUGAACGCUAAUCAUCAUCAUCAUCAUCAUCAUCAUCAUCAUCAUCAUCAUCAACAACAUCAUCAUCAUCACUAACAGUAGCUUUGUUUGUUUUUCUCUGAAUCAGCUGUUUGUUGCCGUGGAGCUUCAGUCUGUUUGCCUUAACGUCGACCAGUCGCUCCGUUUGAUUUGUUGUUUCUUUUUUAAAGUGCACUGUAUACGAAUGUUUUUUCACUCUUAUGUGACCAAAGCUUCCAUUUCUGAUUCAAGACGAAGACGUGAUGAAAAAAAAAGAGAAAUAAAAAGAAGAGAAGAAUAAAAACAGAUGAUUUAUGAAACUCACAACAUUUUAGUUGUUUCAAGUUCAGCAGGUCUGUAAUCCACCCUGGUCAUACUGAGACUGAAUAAAACUUUACGGACACUUUUCUUACAA